AUGAAUGCUUUGUUCAACCAUGCGACGAAGCAGAAAAACCUGCUCCAGCGAGACCUGGCAAAAUUAGAACAGGACAUGACGACAGCCCCAAUUUCGUUGCAAGGUUCGAUUACCGCCACGUUGGUUUCCUUCGAAAAAACAAUUCAACAAUAUCAGGAACACUUAACGAGGUUUCACUCGACCAACCCAAGUGAAGACGAGAACUCGAAGCUCAAAUACCAAACGCGGCUACAAAAUCUACAAUCAGAGCUUGAAAGUGCUAGAAAACGAUUCCAAGUUUUAAAAAAACAGUGUAAUGAAGUCAAUUCUCGCGAAAGGCUCUUAAAAUCCAGCAGCAAUCCAUUUGACGAAGACUUCACCAUGAAUCAGCGAAACACAGCAACAAGUUUUCAUGCUCCAAAUGGUCAAAUGGCUGCCAACUCAUCUUUGCCGUUAUAUCAGGGUUUGAAAAAGGAACAAUCUGUAUUCGAGCGGGGAAAUGCCCAUCUUGACUACAUCUUGGAGAUGGGACAGCAGUCACUAGACGAUAUCAUUGAGCAAAAUGCAGUUCUCCGCAAAAUGGAAGGUCAAAUGACAAAAAGUAUGCAAACACUCGGAUUUUCCAAUGAAACCAUCUCCAAGAUCAAUAAACGCGUUUUUAAGGAUAAACUCAUCUUCUGGUUCGCCCUCUUGUUAAUGUUGGCCGGAUUUUACUUGGUAAUAAAACUUCUACGUUAG